AUGUCUUUGAAGGAGAUUGUACCCGCUGGAAAUGGCGUAAAGGGAGACCCUUUUUCGGUGCCAUUGGCCACCCAUGAAGAUGUUGUCAAGGAUCCAACUCUCUUUUCAAGCACCCUCCGGACCUUCCAUUAUGCUAUGGGUACAAAAUUUAUGAUUCCUGUGAUUGGAGGGAAGGAUUUGAAUCUGCAUGUGUUAUAUAUUGAGGUUACGAAGAGGGGUGGUUACGACCAGGUUGUGACAGACAAGAAAUGGAGGGAAAUCAGUGUCUUCUUUGACUUCUCUCCAACAACUACUAGUGCCUCUUAUGCUUUGAGGAAACAUUAUUUCACUUUGCUUUUCGGUUAUGAACAAGCUUAUUUUUUCAGACAUCAACGUCCCGUUAUUGAUCCAUCAGGGCAUUCCACCUUCCAAGCCAUUGGAACAAUUGAGGGAAAAUUCGACUGCGGGUACUUGAUAUCUGUAAAACAUGGUGAAGAAAUUCUCAAUGGUGUGCUUUACCAUCCAGGCUCCUCUUCAACAUCCAUGCAGCAUCGCAAUACUGUAACAGUAGCAACGCAGCUUCAUGAUGAGCAUGGAAAGGGGAGGCAGAGGAGGCGGAGGAGGAGGCGGGGAGGAGAUUCCGGCAGGCCAAAGCCUAAUCGGAGUGGCUAUAACUUCUUCUUUGCAGAAAAGCAUUCCAUUCUUAAAUCUCUCUAUCCAAAUAGGGAGAGGGAGUUCACAAAAAUGAUCGCAGAAUCAUGGAACAAGCUCACUCCCGAAGAGAGAAUAGUUUACCAAAACCAUGGUUUAAAGGACAAGGAGAGGUACCACAAGGAAAUGGUGGAGUAUAAGGAGAGAAUGAAGAUUGAGUAG